CCUGGAGCCUGGGUUGGGUUGGAGUCAGCGACAGGCCAGAUACCAAACAAACAAUCGACCUUGCCAGGCGGGAGAAACACAUAUGAUCAGCGGUUACCUGGUUAUAGGAUGAGACGCGACUCCUGUCAUCCUGAAAGCUAACGCCCUAUUUUUGGAUGGCAACAAGAUCUGUUUCGCUGGCCCCUGAACGUCCAAUGUUGGCCUCGUCGCCAGUCCGCUUGGCUGCGACGGCGUAUGUGUGCAGACUGCACACCGCAGCAACAGGGGUGGAGAAUUUUUGCAUGCUGGAUGGGAUGCGCUCGAAGCGUUCCUUUCCUUUUCUUCCCUCUCAUCCUCCUCGUCAUUUGAAACGACGAGGCAUCGCCAAAGCCUCAAGGGCCAACCCAAGUUGAGGUUACUGCCGACAAGCCAUCUGCUCGCCGAUCCAGCGGUGUAACUCGCGAGCUAGCGAGUCAACGACCCGGCACGUGCCCGCCAGGCGCUUCUCUGUUGACAGAAAGGGAAGUCUAGCGAAUGAUGGAAACCUUCUAGAAAGUCAGCUGCAGCGUGCCGUGUCAAUCACCGCCUCUUCCCCAAAGAAGCACUCUGUGAUGUGCACAUGACGGAACACCCGACGGCGUGUGCAGGACGCAGCCCUUCCCAGCAGAAGGGGUGAAAGGGUGAAGGGGUGAAGGGGUCCACGUCACCACCUGAGGAGAGAGGACGGCGACCUGGUGGCGCAAAACGUCGGGUGCUCAGGUGAAUCGAGAGUCAUGUCUUUGCAGCUGUCCAACUGUCUAAUUGACUUUUUGGCUGGUUUCUGGCUGUGUUCCCAGGGGUCGGGCGGGAGCUCUGUGCUGUGUCAUCCCUCCCGGCGGGAAAAGGUCGGCAUAACGUGUGCUCGGAUUGGUCGGGCGCGGGGACAGCCAUCUGUGGCAGCCGUUUGACACGACAACCGACGGCCCAGAAGCUAGCGGCGACACUAUCGACCGUUGCAUGACGGCGGCGCCCGACGGUUGGUGACAUGGCCUGCCACGCCUGUGGCAGCGAGAGAAGCCCAGCUUCGAAAGCAGCAAUGCGAAAAGGACCAGGCCAGGCACAGCGGUAUGGUAUACACCUUCCCAAGCAGACAGAAAGCCACACGCCGCCCCACGACAGGGACAGACAUGAACCGCAACGCAACCGCGACUCCACCGCCAGGCGAGAUUACCAGCUGGGACCAGGGCGAAGCUGCCGGAACCCCCACGAUCUACUGAGAUUUGAAUUCCCGUUUGUUGUGUCGCUCGUCUGGUUCCCCCGAUCCGCUGCAUGCAACCCCAUCUCUCGCGGGACAUGCCUGCUGCCGCACGACAUGGCCUUUGUGACUGUCCAGCCUUCACAGACAAAAAUGGCAGUGGCGGCGUCUGGAGGCUCCUGUCAUAAAACUUUGCCUGGCGAUGCCACCAUCGCGAAACACCGAGAGCCGCUACCUAUGCAUUAGCAGCACUACUGCACCUGGCGUGUUUUGUUGACAAAAAGACACAGAGCUCCAGAAAAAAAAAAUUGGGCAUUGAUACAUACCUCCGCUCAUCCCUCUCCCUUGCGUCUUCUGCUGCAUUAGUGCAUGUACUCCUCCCAUCUCGACGCAUCAAUAGCCAAGGACAGAACAUGAG